AUGCAGGCUACAGAUGGCAUCCGCCGCGAUACCUCGAUCCGUUCGAUCAUGACCCUACCCCCUUAUUCUCAAAGUCCCAAGCCGACCGAGCAAGUCAUCGCCCGAGAAGGUGAACGCGGAGGAAUGGAUAUGGUCGUGGAGUACCCCGAGACCGCCGAAGAACAGGAAACGCGUCGUGAGGAACAAAUGAACUUGAUGUACCAGAUUCGCCUGCAGCGCCGUCAGGAACUAGCCGAUCGCGAGGCCCGCCGUCGGGAGCGACGCGAAGCCCGGGCGCGUGGGGAUUCCGCCCGUCUUGACCAGCUAAAUGCCGAAACUCGCGCUCGGACGGAACGUCGCCGUGCAGGAACCAACAGUGCAACCGACGCAACCGCCAUUCUCGCUGAACAUCAGGCGAGAGAGCGGGACCGACGCAUCGCGAGUGUUAGCUAUGCUGAACUUGGCCGUGUUCGCCACGAUGGAUCACGGCUUCGAGCCGACUCGCACAAUUCCGACAUCCACGAUUCGGAUAGCCGACCGCUGUUGCAAAGUGACGCGGUGAGCUCCACCGCGCAAUCUUUUGAACCAUCUAGCGCCGAGUCUCGAGGCCAGUCGGGUGCUCCAUCAUUUAUGAGCGAAUCACAGAAUUUUACUGAGCUUGAACGGUUAACUCUGGCUCCAACCACGACACAAGGCUCAAGUCGACCACUAUUGCCAACUGACGAGGGAGAUUUGGGAACGCUCAACAUGCCCCCACCUCCCGACUACGAGCACCUCGACUGGGGAGAUGCUCCUGCGUAUCAGAGUCCAACUACAGAACAGACUGAACAAGUGGGGCAACUCCCAUCCAUCGACCGUUUGCCUUCGAUCCACGUCAAUGUGCCCAGUCCCAUGGCUGUGUCUCCCGUCACACCAACCCAACCGCAAUCCCAGGGUCCCAACAUCGAUGGACCUCCAACACCGACAGAGCGGACGCCGGGAAUCCGAAUGGUGUCAGCAGAAUCAACAACGUCAACAACCACCACCCGCGGUCCACCACCCACACUGCAUGAUUCGACCACCACUCCUGAAAGUAGCCAAUGA